AUGUCGGAAACCACACCACUCAUGCCUCGUCCGGCGAAUGCUCCUCAGACGGACAGUCAUCCUAUCUACCUUCGAGCAUGCCACUCGCCAUGGCGCAUCAUCAACCAGAAAGCACUAGCGGUCAUCCGCCUUGUCAUGACAGGCUACCUCAUGGCCGUUGCUGGUGUCUCGAUGAAAUACAAGCUGGAGAACGAGGACGGACAUACCAGAUGGCGAAUUCCGUUCCAGUUCUCGACGGUAUCGUUUGUUCUGCUGCUUGCGUACAAUCUUCAGGUCACGGUCUGGACCAUCAUGCACCUUCUCCUCCCGCGACCGGUGCAGGAAGAUGCGAACGACUGUCAUGGCCACCGGGCCCGGAGCAGAGUCCUCAGUUUCCUGUCGCCACCGAACCGUGCGAACUGCCGCAACCGUCGCUUCUUCUUCAGCAUGUUCUACACCGCCGCCCAUGUCUUCACCUUCAUGAAUACAAUCAUUUACUGGGCUAUUCUGGUGCCUGCCGGCCAUGGCGGUUUCAAAACCCCCCAUUUCCCACACCACCAUCACUCGCCACACAACCAGACCCGUGCCCUGUACGACCCUCACAAGGGGCUUUUUGAGGAGGAUGAUAUCAAGGCCUUCAGCAUUAUCAACGUCUGGUCCGUUACUUCGGUAAUCGGGCUGAUGGAAGUCAUGUUCUUCAACAGCAUCCGACGCCAGACUCCGGUCGCCAGUCAUGUCGCAGGUAUGAUGUUCGCCAGUGGAACCUAUCUGGCCUGGGCCGGUCUCGGCAAGCUUGCAACGGGUCAUUCAGGGCUCUUCUUCCUGGACCCAUCUCUGAUGGGCGAUGUCAAGGAGGCAACCGUCGCCGCAAGUCUUGCCUUCAUCUCGCUUUCGCCUGGAAUCUUUUCCUACAUGUACGGUUUGAUCGCGAUGCGGGAGAGCAUGACUGCGAAUCAUGACUCCAACCGCCUCAAUUGA